AGCUCGCAAAACCCAAAUUGGCUCUGAUUGAAAGAACAUCAAUGGGCAGCACCUCAAGAACAUUAUCUUCAAUCAAAGAUGAUCAAAUGGACGAUCAGCUUGAAUCUGCAAGGGCUGAAAUAGGCAAAGUGAAAGAAGAAAAUGAAGUAUUGAAGAUGAAUCUAUCAAAAAUGAUGAAGGAAUAUCAUUCUCUCCAAUUGUAUCUCACGAACAUGAUACAACAAGAUGAAGCUAAGAUAUCUGCAGAUACAGCCCCUACCAAUCAACAAAUUGAAGAACCGGAAAUUUCACUUAGCCUUGGAAGACUUUCAAGUGAACCCAAAAAGAAAGAGAAGAGAAGCAACUUCAGUAAUGAUAGAGAUGAUGAAGCUUCACAACAGACCCACUUGAAGAAAACAAGAGUUUCUGUGAGAGCAAGAUGUGAUACCCCCACGAUGAAUGAUGGCUGCCAAUGGAGGAAAUACGGGCAAAAAAUAGCUAAAGGCAAUCCAUGCCCUAGGGCAUACUACCGAUGCACAGUUUCACCUACAUGCCCAGUAAGAAAGCGGGUCCAAAGAUGUGCAGAGGACAUGUCUAUCUUAAUAACCACCUACGAAGGAAACCACAAUCACCCCCUAUCAAUUUCAGCGACAGCCGCGGCUUCUACCUCAUCUGCAGCUGCUUCCAUGCUCAUGUUUGGCUCGUCGAGCUCCGGAUCAGCCCUUGGGGCAUCAGCUAUCACCACUACCUCUGCUGAUCUACAUGGUCUAAACUUCAAUCUCUCAGAUAACAAAAGCGCAAGACAGUUCUACCUACCCAACUCCUUAAUCUCAUCUUCACCCUCAUACCCUACCAUCACCCUUGACCUUACUGCACCACCGUCCUCUUCAUCCUCCUCAUCUUCCCAAUUCAACAGGCUAAAUACGAGCUUCCAUUCCACCCCAAGAUAUUCAACAUCUUUGGGCAAUGCUUACCUAAGCUAUGGCACUCAGUCCUACCACAAAGGCCACAUUGGAUCAUUAAGUCUUGGAAAGCAACCUCAGGAACAUUUCUACCAACCUUAUAUACAAAAGAACAACCCAAUUCCACAACAGGCCAUGUCUGAAACAUUUGCAGCCACAACCAAGGCCAUCACAUCGGACCCAAGUUUACGAUCAGUUCUAGAGGCCGCGAUCAGGUCGAUAGUAAACAAAGGUAGUACUGGGGAGAAUUUUGGGCAGAAUUUGAAGAGGGGGUGAGCACUUGAUCACAACCACUUCUCCCUACUCAUGAAUACGAAAUGCCAACAAGGGAUGUUGAUGUUUCUCCCACCUUAUUUUCCAUUUUCAACCUCUAAGAGUGCCUCUCAGUCUUCAACUGAUAAUAAGGACCGUAUCAACUGACGGGCAUUCAAGUAGUUGACCAUUGGGAUGCUCUUACUUCUUUAUUUGGCUUCUUAUGAAGAAAUUUAUGCGUGGUGAAGGUGAUAGCAAGUAAGGGAUGAUGUUUAUUAAAAUUUGUUGAGUCACAUUGAGUUGUUCUUUGAAUAGGUUUCUUGUUUCCUUGAUAGUUAAAUUAGGUUUUUUUUUUUUUGUAAUGAAAAUCUUCUUCU